ACGACGACGAGAGCUUGGCCCUGUCAUUUCCUUUGAAGCAAAGCAGUCCGUCAUGACAACUAUUUGCUUGACAUACACCUGCAGCAUUACGGAGCCAAGUGGUGGUGUGGUAUUUGCAAAAUAAUACACGAUACAGACAGUAAUGGUGCGUUCCAAGUAUUGACAACGACAGGCGUGGUGUGCAGAGCAUCAGGUUGGAACACUCCAACCACCAAAGUUGCCGGGAUACCAUCGACUUUCUCCCAAUGAAAUUUAUAUGAAAAUUGUCAUUCUCAAUUUACUAUACUGCUCAGUCAUUCCUUCGGGCCAAAGUCAUCAUUAAAUAAGACCUCAAUUUUAGUGUGUGAUACUGCUUUCUCCUGGAGAGAAAGUGGAACACGUCGAAUGUCGGUUGUUGUUUCUUCUUUAUUUCAUUUUCCCCAUUAUGAAUUAUAAUUACAUAAAUUCUGCUAUUAGAAAUUCUUGUAGAAUCUGUGCUCAUAUUUGCUAUUAAACUACUACAAAGAGUGAAUGAUGUUGACUAACUAAGAAGACGGCGAUUAAUUAUAGACAUUCAUUUCUCCCUUUUAAUUAUAGUGUGUGUUCCUCAUGUAGAGUAAUCAAGAAGAUGAGUUGAUAGCGGUCGGCUUCAUAUCAUGGAAAAUACUGCCCGUUACCCAGUGGUGUCUUUGUAAAUGUUAGAUCUCUGAGAAACACAGGCAACAAGUGACCCUCUCUCGAAAUGUUGCAUACGAUUCUCCAACUUAGGAAAAGAAUCCACAUUCUGCUGAAAUGACACCCAUCUUACAAUUUACAAAAUAGUAGCAACUGCUAAGUUCUUGACUUGAAGAUAAUACGUAUGAAGGAAAGCGUUACGUAUUAUUGACUUUGCAAAAAAUAUACGAAAAGUAUACAUAACUAUGGAAGAAGAGAAACAAGUGUUCCGACCCUUCACCAGGGAAUCAUUGGUACAAAUUGAGGGACGCAUUUCUGAAGAAUAUGCAAAGAAAAAAGAGUUGGAGAAAAAACGGGCGGAAGGCGAGGUGCGUUAUGAGGAUGACGAUUUUGAUGACUCGGGACCACAUCCCGAUCAAAAUUUGGAGCAGGGAAUGCCACUUCCGAUCCGAAUGGCCGCCGCAUUUGACCCGGAAUUGGCAUAUGUUCCUCUCGAGGAAAUUGAUCCGUUCUAUCAAAAUAUUCAGACUUUUGUGAUAGUCACCAAAAAGAAAGACAUUUUCCGUUUCUCUGCCACGGACGCAGUGUGGCUUCUGAACCCAUGGAAUCCUAUACGACGAGUUGCAAUCGGCAUUUUAACGCAUUCCUUAUUCACGGUCUGCAUAAUCUGCACCAUCCUUACGAACUGCUUCGUGAUGAUCUUGCCAGCUUCACCUCUUACAGAGUCAACCGAGGUCCUCUUCACUGCAAUAUAUACGUUCGAAUCAUCCGUGAAAGUAAUGGCCAGAGGUUUCGUUUUGGAAAAAUUCACGUACCUCCGAGACGCGUGGAAUUGGCUGGACUUUGUCGUAAUUUUGCUUGGUUACAUAACCAUGGGGGUCAACCUCGGGAACCUCGCUGCACUACGAACCUUCCGUGUGUUACGAGCCCUUAAAACGGUGGCAAUCAUACCUGGACUAAAAACAAUAGUGGGAGCUGUAAUAGAGUCCGUAAAGAAUUUGAGGGAUGUCAUAAUUCUCACAAUAUUUUCGCUGUCCGUUUUCGCUUUGACAGGCCUGCAAAUCUACAUGGGGAUUUUGACACAAAUUUGCAUCAAAACCUUUCCAUUUGACGAAGUAGAAUGGACCGAAGCAGGCUGGAUUGACCACAACAAAAACGCUACAAAUUGGUGGAAGCCGGAAGCUGAUGCACUAAAUUAUCCAAUUUGUGGAAAUUCAUCUGGAGCAGGGCCUUGCCCGGAUAAUUACACAUGCCUCCAAGGUUUUGCAGAAAAUCCAGACUAUGGUUACACAUCAUUUGACUCCUUUGGAUGGGCACUUCUCUCUGCUUUUAGGUUGAUGACCCAAGAUUUCUGGGAAAGCUUGUACCAACAGGUUCUCCGAGCUGCAGGACCUUAUCACAUGCUAUUUUUUAUCUUGGUAAUAUUUUUGGGAUCUUUCUACCUUGUGAAUCUAAUCUUGGCCAUUGUUGCAAUGAGCUAUGACGAGCUACAAAAGAAAGCUGAGGAAGAUGACAUCGCACAUGAAGCGGAGGCACAUGCCAUGCGAGAAGAAGCAGAGAUAGCGGCAAGAAUGCAGGGCGGCGGAAGAAACGAUGACGAAUAUGACGAUGGAGACAGUAUGCGAAGGGACUCUUAUUACGAAGAGGCUGGAGGCGAGGAGUCUGAGAAGUCUGAUUUUCAUGAAGAUGCUUCAGUCGGCGGAGAAAAUCACAUAAAUCCAACAAGAAGACGAACGAGCUUGAGCCUGCCAGUUAGUCCAAUGUACAUAAGUUAUGCUCGAAGAUUCUCUAAACCUGAUAAACGAAGCUCAGAUAAGGCCUUGCCCUCACACAUGGACGAAAUGCUACAGUUGCCGGUACCAUACGCCGAUGAGUUGGUUUCGUUCUCAAAUGAAAAUGGAACGAUUGGAGACUCACAUGGUUCGCAAAAUUUUUCUGAAAGCCAUCAGAACUUCAAAUUGGGAAACAGUUUAAAAAGCGCAGAGUUCUCUGGAACAGCAAAUAACCACCAAUAUCGUAGUGAUCAGACCAUUACCACCGAACCACGUGCUAAUUCUAAAUCCCCAAAAAGCAUCAGGAAUCUCACGGGUGAGAGUUCUAAUAUCAGCUUUGAGGACACAAGUAGAAUUAAGAAUGAAAAAAUUAUAGCUCGAAGUCGAAGUGGAAGUUUUCGAGAAGAUCGAUACCGAUCUACCGAAAAUACGUCAAUGCACAUGACGGAUGUGGUGGCACUGAAUGAAAUAAUUGAUCAGGCUGAUCGACAGAGCAAAAUGAGCGAACGAUCACUGCACUAUUAUACUCCAGAUGAUGGACCCAAUCGAUUGAAGCAAGCGGUGAUUGAUGGAUGUUAUCGAUGUAUUGAUAUAUUUUGCGUAUGGAAUUGUGGAUUCCCGUGGAGUUUUCUGCAGAAAUAUGUCGCAUUCGUGGUAUUUGAUCCAUUCGCAGAGCUCCUAAUCACCGUUGCAAUUGCAGUGAACACCCUGUUCAUGGCAAUGGAUCAUUAUGGCCUCAAGGAUAAUCCCCAACUUUCACAAACCUUAAAAACUGGAAAUGUUGUAUUUUCUACUAUCUUUGGCGUGGAGUGUGCAAUGAAAUUAAUCGCAAUGAGCCCCAAGUUCUACUUUCAAGGAGGAUGGAAUGUUUUUGACUUCGUAAUCGUAUUACUGUCCCUAAUGGAAAUGCUUUUCGAAGAUGCUGGUCUUCCUGGAAUCAGUGCGUUACGAAGUUUUCGACUGCUAAGAGUAUUUAAGCUUGCCAAAUCAUGGCCAACACUAAACCUACUGAUCAGCAUCAUGGGAAAAACAAUGGGAGCUCUAGGGAACCUGGUUUUUGUACUCCUCAUAAUCGUAUUCAUUUUUGCUGUGAUGGGCAUGCAACUGUUUGCCAAAAAUUAUUUUGACAAAGUUCACUUGUUUCCGGACGGUGAACUUCCAAGAUGGAAUUUUACUGACUUUUGGCACUCGUUUAUGAUAAUUUUUAGAGUAUUGUGUGGAGAGUGGAUAGAAAGCAUGUGGGACUGUAUGCUAGUUGGGGAUAAGUCGUGCGUCCCCUUUUUCUUGGCCUCUGUAAUUAUUGGGAAUCUUGUGGUCCUCAAUCUCUUUUUGGCGUUGUUACUCAGCAGCUUUGGGGCUUCAAAUCUGAGCUCACCUCAAGCAGACGCGGAGACGAAUAAGUUGGCAGAAGCUUUUCAUCGAAUUGGGAGAUUUUUUCGAUGGCUCCGUACUGGAAUUCGGACUAGUCUUUCCAAACUCUACAACCUUAUAAAAUGUCAAAGUAAAUCUCAAAUGCAGAGCUCAAACCGAGUCGACGACUCGGUUUCUCUUACAAGUAGCAAAACCAUGAGGAGUCAGAGGACAAAAGUUAUAUUGCGUAACGGGAAAAGUUAUGACGGCGAAUCAAUGAAACUGAAUACUGGAACUGGACCAUCCAAGAAGGGAAAGCUGAACCAAAAGGCUAGAAUGAUAAUUAAUGCACAAAGGUUGACGAAUUCUAAAAAGCGAGCAAACGGGAAAUCAAUGAACGGAAAUGAAAAAUCUUUAAGUAAAAGUGACACCAAUGGAGAUGAUGUCUAUGAGACCAUAAGCUUAAAAUCGUACAGUUCCAACAAAAAGGUGCUGGGUAGUCGAAUUGAGAUGGAGGAUGAAGAAUAUAAGUCUACUUCAAAAAACGAUAUCGAUGAGUACGAGGAUGAUGAUGACGUGGGGGAGUUCAACGCUGAUGAUGAGGACCAAAUGAUUGCCCCUGACCAAAAAUCAACCACGGCCAACGAAGAAGAAGAAUUCCCAUCUGAUUGUUUCCCUCCUAAGUUUUACGAAAAAUUUCCUAUUUUCAACAUUGAGGGAACUCCAUUUGGCGUGGGCUGGGCAAAUCUCCGUUUAAAGACAUUUCGUUUGAUUGAGAACACAUAUUUCGAAACUGCUGUUAUCAUUAUGAUCCUGUUAUCUUCGCUCGCACUGGCCCUGGAAGAUGUUCAUUUACCAAAAAAUCCAGUGCUGAUUGACAUCCUUUACUAUAUGGAUAGAAUCUUCACAGUUAUAUUUCUGCUAGAAAUGCUCGUAAAAUUUCUAGCCUUGGGAUUCCGAACUUAUUUUACUAACGCUUGGUGCUGGUUAGAUUUCGUCAUUGUAAUGGUGUCAAUCAUCAACUUUAUUGCAGCCUUGGUCGGUUUGGGCAGCGUGCAAGCUUUCAAAACAAUGAGAACAUUGAGAGCGUUACGACCUCUUCGAGCGAUGAGUAGGAUGCAGGGGAUGAGGGUUGUCGUCAACGCCCUGGUUCAAGCGAUUCCAAGCAUUUUCAACGUGCUCCUAGUUUGCCUCAUUUUCUGGCUGAUAUUUGCCAUCAUGGGUGUCCAGCUCUUCAAUGGUAAAUUCUACAAAUGCAUCGAUCCGAUAGAUCAAAGUAAGCCAGACUACCGGAUAAUUACUGGAAAGCUUGAGUGUCUGGCAAAUAACUUAACUUGGGAAAAUAGCAAGAUGAAUUUUGAUCAUGUGGGGAAAGCUUACCUGAGCCUAUUUCAAGUUGCAACAUUCAAGGGCUGGAUACAGGUUAUGAAUGAUGCUAUUGACAGCAGACAGGAGGAUGAGCAGCCAAACAGAGAAAGCAAUUUCCCCAUGUAUAUAUAUUUCGUCAUAUUCAUAAUUUUUGGGGCCUUCUUUACUCUUAACUUAUUCAUUGGAGUCAUCAUCGAUAACUUUAACGAACAAAAGAAGAAAGCUGGCGGAUCUUUGGAAAUGUUUAUGACGGAGGAUCAGAAAAAGUACUAUGCAGCAAUGAAGAAGAUGGGUAGCAAAAAACCAGUAAAGGCAAUUCCAAGGCCAAAGUGGCGUCCUCAAUCAAUGGUGUUUUCAUUAAUAUCUAAUCAAAAGUUCGACCUGGCAAUCAUGUUGUGUAUUUUUAUGAACAUGAUAAUAAUGACGAUGGAUCAUUAUCAGCAGCCUGAGUCAUAUGAGAAAACGCUAUCUUAUUUGAACGCUGUCUUCAUUGGCAUCUUCAGCUCAGAAUCAAUCUUAAAAAUAUUUGCGCUGCGCUACUACUAUUUUAGAGAACCGUGGAACUUGUUUGAUUUUGUUGUGGUGCUAAUGUCAAUUGCGGGAAUGAUGUUAUCGGAUCUUAUCGAAAAGUACUUUGUCUCGCCCACCUUGCUCAGGGUGGUUCGUGUCGCCAAAGUGGGCAGAGUUCUUCGCCUCGUGAAAGGGGCGAAAGGGAUCCGAACUCUGCUUUUCGCUUUAGCAAUGAGUUUGCCAGCUCUGUUCAAUAUUUGUCUCCUGCUCUUCUUGGUCAUGUUCAUUUUCGCCAUCUUCGGUAUGUCCUUCUUUAUGAAUGUCAAGGCGAAGCCGGGGGGCUUAGACGAGGUCUACAAUUUUCGAACUUUUUCACAAUCAAUGAUCCUCUUGUUUCAAAUGUCAACAUCCGCCGGAUGGGACGGCGUUUUAAAUGGCAUCACUGAUGAGGAUAAUUGUGAUCAGCCCAAUCCCGAAUUAGGAUUAUCGGGAGAUUGUGGGUCGACGCCGGUUGGGGUUGCGUUCUUACUGUCAUAUCUUGUGAUCAGUUUUCUUAUAAUCAUCAACAUGUACAUCGCAGUGAUUUUGGAGAAUUAUUCGCAAGCAACAGAGGAAGUUCAAGAGGGACUCACGGAUGAUGAUUAUGACAUGUACUAUGAGAUUUGGGCUCCUUUCGAUCCUGACGGAACUCAGUACAUCAAAUAUGAACAACUGUCCGACUUUCUUAACGUUCUCGAACCCCCACUAGUUAUUCAUAAACCGAAUAAAUAUAAAAUAAUUUCAAUGGAUAUUCCUAUCUGCAAGGGGGACAUGAUGUAUUGUGUGGACAUUCUGGAUGCACUCACGCGAGACUUCUUUGCUCGGAAAGGAAAUGCAAUCGAAACAGAAACGGUAGAAUUGUCUGAAGGACAGUUACACCACCACGAUAGACCAGGGUAUGAACCAAUUUCAUCGACUCUGUGGCGUCAAAGAGAGGAAUUUUGUGCUCGGAAGCUACAAUCUGCGUGGAGAAAAUACUCAAAUAAGAAAAAGAUGAAAAACUUGGGGACACUUGAAGCGACAGAAAGCCCAAAGUCUUCAUUUCAAUUUCAACCGACGACUAUUUUCGUAAGUGGGGUGGACGAAAUUUCUAGUGGAGAUAAAAUUCCAACAGUCAUGAUCACGCCCAGGUCUCCCUCCCAAACGUCUAGAAUAUCGGAUUUAUAAUUAGUAAUUAGAUACGACCGAGUUGUAAAACAUUGGAGUGUAUAAUAUACUCAAAAUUGUUUGACUGUGAUUGAAUAUGUUGUAAGACAUAAAAUAUAUUAAAGGAUUAACUGGUAAUGGGC